UUUCUAAAGGAUGUAGCUGAUUGGAGGGUGGCAUUGAUAUCAACUUCAGAGCUUGUCUCUUAGUGCACAUAUUGUGUAUAAACAAGUCAAAAUCUUAUCAUGUUUUGUUUAGGAUUUUAGUUAAUAUAAGUACACACUGGAAGAUAUGAUCAUAAGCAUUUCUUUAAACCAAUAUAGAAUUAAAUAUUAGACUGUGCCUUCUUGUCGUGUUCUUUUUCUUUAAUAAUAUCGUCUUUUGUUAGAUGGUACAGAGUUUAAUCAUAUACUAUAAAUUUAUCUCAUUGAUAACCUUGAGGGAUAGUUCAGUCGUCAGAUUUUAGAUUUGUUCUCCAAUGAUUACUAAUUCAAGUCCCCUCAAAACCACUGAGAUGAGUACCCGACUAUAAACUUCAGGGUCUCGUGGGAUUAGUCGAAGUGUGCUUAAAUUAACCCGGACACCCACGGUCAUUAAAAAAUAAAAAAUAAAAAAAAAUCUCAUCGAUGGAAGAUCGAACUUAUGCAUACUGUCUUUACAUAAAUAUUAGGUCCACCUUUUAAGAUGUCAUUUUUAGGCGUGUGAGAGGCGAUAAGUGAAGGUGGGUGUCAAUCUUGUGCAGCAUCUCCUUUGCUUUGAUUGUACUCAGGAAUGGAGGGGGAUACAUUUUCAGGCUCUGGUAAUGGUACUCAGUUGGAUAGCCAAAUUGUACAUACAUUUCAGAAAAGUUUUGUCCAAGUACAAAAUAUAUUUGAUCAGAACAGGCUGUUAAUCAAUGAGAUUAAUCAGAACCAUGAAUCCAAAAUGCCUGAUAAUUUGAGCAGAAAUGUGGGUCUGAUCAGAAAACUCAAUAAUAACAUCAGAACAGUGGCUGAUCUUUAUGCUGAUCUUUCAACAAAUUUCACCAAAUCCAUGGAUGCUUCAUCCGAAGGGGAUUCCAGUGGUGCCCUCAAGUCAGGAAUAGCUUGUCAAAAGAGGAGUCGGCCCACAGGUCAAUAAGAUGUACAUAGUACAAGGUGAGACUAGACAUUAUUAUUCGGUACUAUCUAAUCCCUCUAUCAAACGCAGAAGAAAGGUCAAGACCUUUUCUCGAUUCUUUGGCAUGGUGGAUACAAGAUAAUUCCAUAACCUACUUACUGGAACUGUCUUUAGAGCCUCAUAUUUACUUUCUCCAAAUUCUCAUGAAAAAUAAUCCAUAUAUGUUGUUCUUGUAAUGUAAUUCUCUACAUGUGAAUUUAAUUAAUCAAUUAUGUUUCUGUAAUUUAAUUUAGUCUGUAUUCUGAUCUGAACUGUCUUUCUACAUGAUCUCAAGUGUGUAGAAUCUUAUCAAAAGGAAACUUUGUGUGGGGCUGAGCUUUUUCAGUUUGUCAAAAAGCUAAUUGUAUACUGGGGACUUUUGCAGAUUUUCUUGAUCA